UGCUGGGUCGCAAUUCGCGGGUCUGAUGGCAGUAAUUAGUCGUAGCUCCCUGUCGCCAUGGCUUGUACACGCUUGUACACACGGUAGUAUGUAUAUGUCGCCUUGGUCCGCAGCGAAAACAAGAAGCUGUUGCUCUCUCUCCACGAUGCGCAAACCCUCGUCCCGUUCAAAAUCCGUUGGUUUAAAAAGAGCUUGAGCAGCAACCGCCGCUUGUUCACCGUCACUCACUUCCAGCAAUCGCUUCGUCCUCGCGGUAUACGGCAUAUGGCUUUGUCGGCGUUAUAGUCCUCGCUUCGCUUUUUCUUUGCCUUCAGCCUGGCGCUGCUGUCCUUUCGCAAACUCGCAUCUACCACAAGUCGUAUUCUCCGCAAUAAUCCUGCACAUCUCCCGCCAAGUCUCGGCUUCCAGUUCCCGAGAGAUCAACAACGAUGCGUUCAGCCCAGUUGUUCGUCCUUGCUAUCGCUGCAGCAACUGCGGCGGCGAACGUGCUCACGGACGGCGUCACAACUGCCCCCGACGCUUCGACAGCACUGCACAUUUCCGUCAGCAUCGAGAGCGGGCUUUCCAGUUCGGAGCAUGUCACCGUUCCCGUCGUUUCGCCAUCCGCAACGCAAUCACCAAGCUUGACGGACUCAAAAUCGCGGACAGAUGUCGAUGCGGUAACGACGGACGAUGCUUCUGUUUCUUCCACUGGUGUCACCCGGCCUGCGGGCUUCCCUAAUGCGACGACGACGCUGGCUAGCAGUGUAGUUCCUACAAAGUCACAAAACACCACGACACCUACCAGUCACGUCACUGGCGGUGCAAUCCCCCAGCAGAUGCAGAGCUCCAUGGCUGGGCUGAUAGGAUUCUGCAUCAUGGGUUUGAUCAUGUUAUAGGCGGGGACGGGAAAAGUGUUAUGAAUAAUGACGCUGGACGAUAUGCGCGCCAUGUAUAGAUUGUGUCCCAGGCUGGACACGGGCGUUUUAGAAAAAACCAACGAGAUACCACGGGACCCUGGAGUUCUACCCUCCUGACUGAACAGGAGCAUACCGAUAAUAGAGUAAUUGUAAUCAGCAAUUUCACACAC